AUGACUUGUGGCACAUUAAUACACAGAUGUGAGCAUGCUGCUGUAGCAGAUGGAUUGCCAUUUGGAUGUGUAUUACCACAGUCUGCAUUAGAUGGACAGACUACAGCAAAGGAAGGUGCUGAACAAGGGAACUGCAUAAGGACAGUCAGGGAUACUCCACAUGGAAAUCAAGCUGAUGCUGGAGGCAUUGAUUCAGGAAACUGUGCAGCAAGCUUUGCUCGAAGAUCUGACAAGGUUGCAGAGUUUGCUGAGGUUCCAUGCCAGGAAGAGCAGAAGGGGCAACCCGGAGAGGAGGAGCCCCCAGAGCGCGGCGGAGGGGAGCGCUGCGCGCGGCUGGAAGCGGCUCCGCCGGGCUGGGAGCUGCGCGCCGUGAGGCGCCUGCCCGCCUUCUGCCGCGGCGAGGUGGUGAAGGGGUUCGACAGAGGCUCCAAGGAGCUGGGCAUCCCCACGGUGCAUUUUCCCCAAACUCUUCUGCAAGUAGUUGAAAACUUUCCUUCUGAUAUCUCUACUGGUAUAGAGUAUGGAUGGGCCUGUGUUGGAAAUGGAGAUGUGCCUAAAAUGGUUUGGAGCACAGGAUGGAAUCCUUUCUACAUGUAUAUUAAGAAAUCAGAAACCACAUUAUCCAGUUUCAAAGAUGACUUUUAUGGAGAGAUUCUUAUCAUUCGUAGAUAUAUUCAAUCAGAAAAAAACUUCAGUUCUUUAGAUCAGCUCAUUUCAGCAGUUCAAGCAGACACUGAAGAGGCAAAAACACAGCUAGAUUUACCAGAACAUCUUAAACUCAAAGACAACAACUUCUUUCAUCUGCUAGAAGGCAAAAGAGUAAACCACUAAGCAAAACCAUGUGGGUUUUUUUUUCAUCUCUUGGAGCUCUUUUCUUUGCACUACCAUAUAUCCUGUAUCAUUUGAUAUAUGUAUGAUGUGUGUGUGUACUGGGCCUGGCUGGGAUGGAGUUAAUGUUCUUCAUAGCAGCUUAUAUGGUGCUGUGUUUUACAUUUGUGACCAAAACAAUGAACAUAGCACACUAAUGUUUUACCUAUUCCUGAACUGUACUUGCACAGCAUCAAGGCCUUCUCUGUUUCUCACUCUGCUCCCCCAGUGAAUAGAUUGGGGCUGUGCAAGAGGUUGGGAGUGGACACAACCAGACAAAUGACCUGAACUAACCAGAGAUAUUCCAAGCCAUAUGAUGCUCAUGCUGAGCAAUAAGAUGGAGAGGAGGAUGUUUAGGGAGGUUAGCCAUCUUUUGUUUGGGAACAUCUUUUGUUUGGCUGGGCGUCAGUUUGUCCAUGGGAAGUGGUGAGUGAUUGCCUUUGCAUCAAUUGUUUUGUUUUCUUUUUUCUUCUUCCACUUCUCCUUCACUUGUUAAUCUAGUUUUAUCCUGACCCACAAAUUUUCUUGCUUUUAUUUAUCCAAUCUUCUUUCCCUGUCCCACGGCGGGGGUUUGGGGAAGUGAGCUAGUGGCUCUAUGCUGCUUAGCUGCCUACUGGGGUUAUCAUGCAACAACAUGUUUAGGUAACUGUGAUUGGAACUGAACACUAAAACCACACAAGAUUAUUUAAGUUUGUUUAUGUUACCUGAUCAUUUAACCAGUCUGUAAAAGGAGUAGGAGGCUGUUUUAGGUCUUUAGAGAAAAAUCAUGAAUUCGAAUGUUACCAAUCAUUUAGAGAUCUUAGCAUGUGUGGAACAAGACCAAAGGUAGUUGUAACCUCUUCUGCCCCUAAGGUGUGGAGAGUUAAAUACUUCAGUGAAGACUGUCAGUGUUUCAGACAGAGAAUAUUAUUCUAAACUCUUUUCCCAAUUUUAUGUCAGUCUUACAUUUGGAUUGUAGGUAGCAGCUUAGAAAAUUUUUAUGUUGAUUGAGUCAAAAAUUUACCUGUGGUGCAGGAAGCCAAUGAUUAGAUAACAGUAACAAGAAUAUUUCACUAUAGUUCCUAUUUUUCAUAUGCUGUACAGCUGUUGUGGUUGUAGCUGUCAUUUUAAUUGAAAUUGUUUAUUGUAAUUUUAAUUGAAAUAGAGGAAAUGACUGUUACUCAUUGAGUUACUGGAAUGUGAGAUAGAUACUUCUACCUAGUUGACUGUGCAUAUUUCAACACAUAACUUGUGUAGCUCCCUUCUGAGGAAGUGUUUCACUAAAGCUCAGGAAGUGAAUGACAGGGAGAAAGUUGGUACAUUGCAAAAGUUCAGGCUUAAAGGGUGCAGAACCAGUCUAACAAUAUUUCUGCUCUUUGGGCCCAAAGGCAGAGGAGGUAACUAAAGACAACUGCAUUUUGGUUGCUGCUGGCAGCUGCCUGGAUUGUUCACUAUACUGACAGCAAAAUGAAUGACUUUAAAGUUGAAGUUAGAAUGUAAGGCACAGGAAAAUCCUUUCAACCCUCUGCACUAAAUGCAGGUAAGAUCCAAAUUUUUGGCUGCAGAUUAGAGAAAGUCUUGGAGAUCAAGUCAUGUCAGUCAGAUGAAGUCUCUAGUGACUGGAAAAGGGAAACA